GUUGGUGGGUGGUCCCAUUACAACAUCGAAAGAGAAGGAAGAGAGACACUCAAAUCUCUACAAAGAUGCCAUCAUUUUUCAUAUCUCCUCACUCACUAACUGCUAUUCUUUCAUAUAAAAGUGCUUCCAUUUCAGUUUAUAUUCAACACUUAUUAACCUCUUUCUGCUUUUGAUUUUGUGUUAUAGAAACAUACACCCAAGUGAGAGUUUCAAACAAAAAUGGCAUUUUUCAGAGCAGCUUCUGAAGUUUUGGCGAUCUACACUUUUAUCUUUGCCAUUUUUUCACCUCCUGUUCUUCAAGCACAGACCCUUUCUCUUGCUCCUGCUCCUGCUCCUUCCAGUGAUGGUACUUCGAUAGACCAGGGAAUUGCAUAUAUACUGAUGCUUGUGGCGUUGGUGCUGACGUACCUCAUCCACCCCUUUGAUGCGUUUUCUCAUCAGUUAUGAAUGAAUUAUAUAUCUGUAACUGUUUACCGUAGGAAUUGAACAUAGUAGGAGCUUGCAGAGGUUGAAUGUAUUACCAUGGAUAAGGAUGUUUGUUCUAGUGAGUGUUUUUUUUUUCUCUUCUAAUGUCCCUAUUUUACAUUCUGUUACCUCUUUGGUUGUUUCUGGUUAAUGUUGGAUGAUUGUUAAUGGAGGAAAUAGUGUGUUUUGUCAGACCA